AUGGAUUAUGAAUAGGUGAUGAAUGACAAGAAGUUGAGAGAGCAGCUGGAGGGAGGGGAAACGAUAGUGUUGACUAUGAAAGUGAUAAAGUUCACAGGACAAAAUAAAAAGUUGCCACGAGUUAUUGCAAUAACAAACAAGAACAUAUAUAACAUAUCUCCAGCUGAAGGUAGUGCAGUCAAGAAUUUCUUCUAGAAUUUGGUGUAGAAAUCGAGGAUCAAGAGAAAAAUAGCUUUAUCAGCAAUAAUAGGGAUAACCAUUUCAAAAAUAGUGAAGGAGUUCAUUCUUCACAUUCCAACUGAAUAUGAUUAGCGAUAUUAGGUGGAUGAUUAAUUGGCAUUAAUAAUUUAAACACUUUGUGAAGUUUAUAUAAAGCAUAACCUAAAGAAAAUAAAGUGUUUCUUCAUUGAGGAAAUGAAUCUAAGUCAAUAUACAACAACUAACUACGACAUUAAGAAGAACAUCAGAAGGCAAUUGCCAAAGCAAGGAAGUGAGAUGACAGUAGAUGAAGUGAAAAUGGCAAUGCAAGCAUCAAGGGGAAACGUUUAGACAUUGUAUCAGAAAUCGAAUUCUCCUGAGAUCAGUAUUGAAGAUUUCACAUUGAUCAAAAUGUUGGGGAGAGGUGCAUUUGGAAAGGUGAUGUUAUGUGAAAAGAAGGAUACCAAGGAGAUAUUUGCAAUUAAGAGUUUAAGAAAGGAAGAUAUCAUUUCAAGAGAUCAUAUUGAAUAUUUGAAGACUGAAAGAAAGAUAUUGGAGUAGACUUAGCAUCCCUUUUUGGUGUCAUUGGAGUAUGCCUUCAUCACUUAAGAAUGCGUUUACUUUGUGAUGAAGUUUAUGAUAGGGGGUGAAUUGUAUACUCAUUUGUAGAAGAUAAAUAAAUUUAAUGAGGAAUUUGCUUUAUUCUAUUCAUCAUAAGUUCUGUUGGCUUUGGAGUAUCUGCAUAAGCAGGGCAUCAUCUACAGAGAUUUGAAACCAGAGAAUAUUUUGAUGGAUGAAAAAGGAUAUGUGGCCUUGACUGAUUAUGGAUUGGCUAAGUUCUUAUCAAAGGGAUAGGUUACUUAAUCUAUUGUAGGCACUCCUGAAUAUCUGGCACCUGAGGUAAUUACUCAAUAGGGACAUGCUUUCACUGCUGAUUGGUGGUGUUUGGGUAUAUUAAUUUAUGAAAUGUUAUGUGGUAAGACUCCAUUCUUUUCAGAGAAUAGAAAUCAGAUGUUCAGGAAUAUCGUGGAAUCUGAGUUGAAAUUCCCGUCAACUCUCCACAUCACACCAGAGUGCAAGAGUCUCCUUACGAGUUUACUCAAGAAGAAACCCAAUGAACGUUUGGGCAACAAAGGAGAUGCUGAGGAGAUUAAGAAGCAUGCCUGGUUCAAACGUAUGGACUUUUAGAGAUUGAUUUCAAAAGAAAUUUAAGCACCAAUAAUUCCAGACUUAUAAUCUGCCACAGAUUUAUCAAAUUUUAAUCCCCAAAUUUUAGACGAAAAAAUUGAGGAAGGUGAGCCAUAAGGUACAACAAAUACUUAGGCUUUGAAAAAAUUUGAUUAAGAAUUCUAUGGUUUGAAUUACAAAAAAGAAUGAUUAUUGUUUUAUAGAUUCAUGAAUUUCAUAAUUUCAUAAUCUUAUAAUC